GUCGUACGUCAGCGGAACCGGAAGAGAAUGAAUGGAACACCCGCUGCUGUGGUGCAACUGAUUCGAGUCCCCCCACAUGUUCCACAAAAUGGAGCGGUCUGGUCUCUCCCUCCUCCGCCAUAUCCUCUCCUCCUCCUCCUCCACCUCCUCCACCAGGACGUGCUGCCUCCACCAGAGGGUCCUCACAGCCUCCCUCCCCUGUCACCGCAGCCCCGUCUCGGUUCCCAGCUCCCAGCACCGCAGGCACGCGAGCACCGCCCUCAGCCAGCACAUACAGGAGCUGAGCGGCCCCGAGCAGAGACUGCUGACCAAACUAUAUGAGGGACUGAUCGGAGGACAGCGGGCGUCUCUGGCCGAGUGCAUCACUCUGGUGGAGACGCGGCAUCCCAGGAAGAGAGAGCUGGCGCAGGUGCUGCUUCAGAGGGUGCUGGCCUACAGGACGCAGCAGGAGGCUGGGAACGGAGGGAAGCCUGUGGCCUUCAGAGUAGGUCUGUCGGGUCCUCCUGGGGCGGGGAAGUCCUCCUUCAUCGAGGUGGUGGGGAAGAUGUUGACAGAACGUGGACACAAAGUAUCAGUGCUGGCGGUGGACCCGUCCUCCUGCACUACAGGAGGGUCUCUGUUGGGGGACAAGACUCGUAUGACUGAACUGUCCAGAGACAUGAACGCCUUCAUCAGGCCGUCCCCGACCUCGGGAACACUGGGUGGAGUCACCAGAACCACCAACGAGGCCGUGGUUCUGUGUGAAGGAGCAGGAUAUGACCUCGUCCUGGUGGAGACAGUAGGUGUGGGCCAGUCAGAGUUUGCAGUGGCCGACAUGGUCGACAUGUUUGUGCUGCUGAUUCCACCAGCAGGGGGCGACGAACUCCAGGGCAUCAAGAGGGGCAUCAUCGAGAGGGCCGACUUGGUGGUGGUGACGAAGUCGGAUGGAGACCUGGUGGUGCCGGCCAGGAGGAUCCAGACUGAAUACACCAGCGCUCUCAAGCUGCUCAGGAGGCAGUCCAGAUCCUGGAACCCAAAGGUGGUGCGCGCCUCCUCUUACACCGGUGAGGGCAUCCCGGAGCUGUGGGCCACGAUAGAGUCGUACAGGGACGCCAUGUUAGCCGGCGGUGAGCUGCAGGGCCGAAGGAAGGCCCAGCAGAAGGUUUGGAUGUGGAGUCUGAUCCAGGAGAACGUCCUCUGCCAUUUCCGAAACCACCCCAGUGUCAGGGAGGCUCUGCCCCACCUGGAGGCGGAGGUCACCAAAGGAGCCAUCUCUCCAGGCCUGGCUGCUGACCUGCUCCUGAAAGCCUUCUCCUCUUCUUCAUCUUCAUCGUAAACACUGGGACUGGAUGGACGUCAUGGUUCAUCAGGGUCACACAGUUCCAAAAAGAAACCACCAGGACAAAAAGGAAUAUGUGACCUUGACCAUAAUACCUGAAAAUACCUGAGGCAGAAGUCACCUGUUCCACAGACUCAGUUUCAGCUCGCCUUAAUCCAAAUCAGCAGAGGCCGGGCUGAGCAGACACUUGUCAUGCCUCACCUCCAGCUUCAAGACAUUUGGAGAUCGGAGAGAACCAUUCAAAAUUGCAUAUGUGAGAGACAAUUUAAAGAAAUACUCCGACUGUCUUCUUGGAUAAGAACAUUACAACCUUCAAGAAGAGGUUAAAUAUGUACACACACUUGGAGGAUUCUAGAGGAAAACUUGGAAAACAAUGCACAAUACUGAUCACUUGUAAGAACAGUGUCUUUAGAGGGAGGAGAUGUGUCGCGAGAGAAUGAUCUGUGAUAAGUUAUUGACACACUUUCCCACAGAUUGAUUAUUAUUACACAGGUUUUAAAACUCAAAAACACAAGUGCUUAUGAGAGGACACGGUUCAGAACAGUGGGAUUUGUACAAUCACUUCUCUCUCUUGUUGAAAUGCUGUGGAAAUGGUUCUAAUAAUGAAGAUGUUUUCUUAUUCACUAUAUUUGGAGUAUUGGAGUGGAAUUCUAUAUUAAAGAGAGUGAUGUGAAUCUUACAGAAGUGAAUAAGAUGGAACCUGAGCUCUGAUUUCUUUCUCCAUGUAUUUUUUCUUGAUAUGAAAAAGAAGGGACUGAAUAAUGCCGCCUCUUCGAAUAUUACUCCAGCAGUUUGUCCGAGGUGUAAACACGUUGUCUGUGCUCUGGAGCACCAAUGUCGGUGCUUGGUUUCCCUGAAUGAAUCUGCUGCUCACUUGCUUCUAAUUCA